AUGUCGUUUUCUUUUAUUGAGUCGGGGUUUGCGUCCCCCGACGGCGUGUACCGCCGCGGUGUGGGUGCGGCAGACAAUUCUGCCGCCGCCACCGCUGCGAUUCUGCGGGACGCGGUGCCGCCGCUGCUGGACGCUGGCAGCAAGACCCGCGUCUGCAUGGACUUCUACGAGGUCGCGCGCUGCCGCUACGGCAACGGCUGCGCACACGCCCACCACUUCUCGGAGCUGAACAGCUACACGCAAAACAAACUACUCGAGACGGUGCGGGUGGAGAACAUUCCGAAGCACUUCAUGGCGUCGCGGAGCGGCGGCGGCAGCAGCAGCAGGAAGGACACCAGCGAGCACGGCUCUGCGGCGCCGUUUCACACGUCUUACACGACAGACGGCAACACGGCCGCCACUGCCGUCGUGGACGGCGGCGUCGCCCACCGAUCGCUGGGCGGGCCCGGUGAGAGGGGGAAGGCGGGCAGCCACCGUCGCGGCAAGCGCGCGUCCCGCCCUCACGACAUAAGCGGCAGCGCCACAAAUUUCUGCGACAACUCCGUCUCGAGCCUCGCCUCCAGCACCGACACGUUUUUCCUCGUCGGCAGCGUCCACGAGUCAAAGGAUGUCUCGCCACAAAAGGGGCUGAAUCGUGAGGAGGCCGCGGAGACGUUUCGCAUUCGCCUGCCGCCGCGCUGCCGCUACCCGCACCGGGUCACGCGCGGCACGUACUACGAUGUCCUUGGCGUCCAACGCACCGCGACGCAGGAGGAAAUCAUCGCGAGCUACCGCCGCUGGCAAAAGGAGUACAAACGCCUGAAGCAGAUCGACCAGCAAAACGCAGACGCCCGUGACACCGUCGUCGUCGAGGCCCGCAACGUUCUUGGCCACCCGGUGCUGCGCAGCGAGUACGACCGCACCCUUCCCAUGCUCUGGAGCAGCAACUCCAACUGCAGUAGGGAGAUGGCGCGAGGGGCGGCGACCCUGUCCUCGACGAAUUCCUCGCGCUCAAACAACCUGGAAGCCACCGCCAGCAGCGUCCGCGUAGCGAAGGGCAUUUCCGGCGCUGAGCUGGUCUCUCUCACGCAUUCGGGGCUCGCGGAUGACAGCAUUUGGUGA